AACCUAACACCUCCAUCUAAAUUCGUUAGAGUAGAUUAAAUGCAUGAGGAUGAUGCGUGUCUAAUUCUUAUGCUCGUGCUUGUACGUGGGAACAUUGCGUUUUAACACCUACCAAAUUCAUAGGUAUCAGGAGAACUUUACGACUUUUUCAUCCACCAAAAUUGCCCAUGUGGGAUUUAGAAGAAUAUGAGAGAGAGAGAGAGAGAGAGAGAGAGAGAGUGAGAGAGAGAAUUUGAAUGAGCUUGAGAAACUAAAAGGGAAAACCUUGGAGGAAGAAGACGAAGAAGGGAUUGAGAGGAACCCUUUGCUAGAAUCUGUACUUGGUCUACCCAUUAGGUAAAUUCGUGCAUAUCUACACUUAUUAUAGCUCCCUCUCCCUGUUUAAUUUCUGGGAUUCAUACAUCUGUAACUUUAGAAUACCAUAAUAGACAUGGACUCAGAGAUGGGUUGGGUUCUUGAAGCUGCAUGGACCCUAGCUUAUAAAUCGUAGGAUUAAUUCAUGGCACUUGAAGUCUUAGACAUAUCUUUUCUCAUAUUAGAUCCCUUUGUUAUGUGAUUUGGAAGCUUUAGAACUGAGUUUAGGGUAUGUUCAACGGGGUUCCUAGAACAGUAUACUGUCCUGUUUCACUUUCCAACUUUUUAUGCUGAUUUAUUUUGAGCCUUCUAUUAGGACUUCCUAACAAUGCUACAGAAAUAUUGGGGCAGACGUAUAUAUUUCCUACAAAAAAGGCCUUUUCCAAAAGCUAACAGUGAAUACUCUAUAGUGCAUACUUCUUCUUCUUCUUUUUUCCCAUAUGCCUAGGCCAGCUUGCGGGCACAUCCGACUAGUAUCGGGUUGAGGCCUUGAAGUUAAUGAUCAGGCAAAUCCUUUGCCUCCAGUGGCCCCAAGGUUUGGAAUAUUGUGGCUUUCGUGGGAAUCGAACAUGAGAUUAUCUCAUGGACAAGCACUUAUUAGCGUUCUCAUGCUCACUUGGCCAAACCCUUGGGGUUAUCUUCAACGGUUUGUGAUCAGUUAGUUUGUAUAAUUGAACAUUUGAACUAUUUUGGUUUUAAUCUUUUUCUCUAUUGUGGAUAUGUUUGCAUGUAGACACCCAUUUGGCCAGGAGUGGAGGGGACUGGUCCUUUAUUGUCUAGUUCUCUUUCCUUAUUUAUCAUGAACCAAUUCUGUUCAUUUCAUUUUAUGUUCAUAAAUAUUACAAGUUCUUCUCGUGUGACAUUAAGAAUUGAUUGACACAGUAUGUGAUUGUCAUUGCCCUUGAUGAUCUUACCUUGGAAGGUUUACAAAACACAGCUAGGCAGAUAUAAUUUCAAGUUGCACUCUCGGAAUCCCCACCCUCAUAACACUAGACAAGAGAUUUGGUGAAGAAGGUGAAAAGGAUUAUAUAAGGAUUUGUUGGAGACUAUGGAAAGAAACGAUUCACUUUUCAAUGAAAACUCAUCGGCGAAGGUUCAAGAGGCAUUAGAUAAAGGGCAGCACGUUGAUCCUUCUGAAAUGUCGCUGGUCCCAAGUGCAAGCGGUUUGGAUAGGCCCUUCAUGAUGCCCCUAUUGCCAGUUCCAAAUUCGGAGACUUUUAACUCAAAGGCAUCUAUUGUCUUAUCCGGAACAGCUAGAAGAGGGGUAGCCGGACCAGCUGUUGGAGCAGUGGACAUUGGUGUCAGCAAAUACGCCUACUUCUUUCGAGUUGCUCUGCCUGGGGUCAGAAAGGAUCCUGGUUUAUUCAGCUGUGAGAUUGAACGUGAAGGAAAGGUCCAUGUACGUGGUGUGACAUCAACUGGCGGAAAAACUGUUUCAAGACAUUCUCGCAUUUAUGAAAUGCAGUUUCAGCAACAAUGCCCACCUGGACCAUUCACAAUUUCGUUCAGUCUCCCAGGUUCUGUAGAUCCGAGGCUUUUUUCACCUAACUUCAGAUCUGAUGGCAUUCUGGAAGGUGUAAUCAUGAAAUAUGAGUAACUAUUGGCUGUUUGGUUGAGGGGCUAACCGUCGCAACCUUGUAAAUAAGACAUCCAUCUUGCACAUUUUGGGUUGAAGAUGUACAUAGUGUGCCUGCUUGGUCCAGGUGAUCAAUGCUGUGCAUGAGCCUUGUGGUCUGUCUAAAACUAUGUCCGUGGACUCUGGCAGUGACUGUAUACAAUUUUCCUCGAGAAGAAAAAUCAUCUUGGUUUUUCUGGCACGUUUUCAUC